AUGUUCCCCAUGCCUAUGAUCAAGUUGGUCGCUCCGUUGGCGACCACAAUGAUCUCUUUGGCAUGGCCCACUGCAGCCGGAAUGGUUCUCCUCGCUGCUCUUAUCGGCAUGGUCUACAACGAACAGAAAUUCAACGAAGCGAUCUGUCGAGCCAAGAUUCAGGAGCAAGUAAUCAAGGCUGCUCGAGCCGAGCUGUCUGAAGUCAAAGACGAACUCCACGCCUCCCAAACCAAGCCUACUGACCUCUGCCUCGUCGAUACCAAAUCUAUUCUCGCCAACACCGAAAUUGCGCUCAAACAGAGCGAAAAGGAAGUCGUCGCCCACCUCGAAUUCCGCGAUGGACUCGGUAGGGAGCUGUCCCAAGCGCGCCGCGAACGCGACCGUGCAGAAGGCGUAAUGGUGUACCUCACCCACGCGCUCGAGGAGUCCAAAUGCAAGAAUGCCUCCAAGGAAGAUGAGUGCUAUGAACUACAGAGCCAGAUUCAGUUCAAAGCCAAAGAGCUCCAGUCCAUGACACUUUCUCUGCACAACACCAUGAAGGAGUUGGAGCGUGCAAACAAGUUUAGCCAGGAGGCGCAAGAUAAGAUUGACGAACAACACGCGACGAUCAUGUCGAACGAAGAAAGCGCCAAACGUGUAUCUACACAGAUCGAGAAGCUGACCAGGGACUGCAAUGCCUUGAAAUCCCAAAUUCGAAGCUUGCAUCUAGGAUGGAUAUCGAGGUGUGACGAAUCCUGGCGCGUGAAGAAAGCUCUCGAAGAAGAGAACAGACAGUUACGCAUCGCGAACGAAUCUUGGGCCAAGAACAACGCCGGCACUAUUCGUGCCAUGCAAUCUCGCGUCGACGAAUUAGAGGGCGAGCUUGCAGAAUGCAGGGCGGAGAAUGGGUGCCUUGCCGUAGAUCUCGAGAUUAUGGUUGAGCGCGUCGCACACUACAUGGAGGAGAUCGAGGCCUUAGACCGAGAGGCUGAAGAACGCGAGUGGAACGUCAUCCAGGGCGAUAUGACUGAGGUGGCUAGUGAAAUGAGCGAGAGCAUCACAGAUGAAGAGGAGGAGGAGUACGAACCAGAAGGAUAUCACCUGUGGGCUCAUGACGGAGAUAGCGAUGACGACGCCACGGUAUACGAACUCGAAGAAGAUAGCGAGGAAGAAAUGCUAGAGUGGUUCAUCCACGCGCCUACGGACCCUAGCGGCAUGCCUUACAAGCAGAUGUGGGAGAUGACCAACGUUGAGACCGAGGAACUUAAAGAGUGGGAUGAGGACAACUGGGCUGUGGCCAACGGUCAGGAGGAGAACGAGGUCCUCGAGUGCCUAGAGGGCUUCGAAGAACAGCACACGGAUGACGACACUCUAUCUCAGAGCGACAAUGAGAGUCUGGACCCAUGGGACUCGGGUGACGAACACUGGAGUGGGAGUGCUAUCAAGAACAACACUCCAUGGAACUCGUAUAUGGAUACUCUGGAUGAAGAUGAGGAGGAUUGGGGUAUGGUACACACAUGGGAUUGCGAGCCCAGUACGGUGGAGUGUGAGUGGUGA